UGACGAUUUGCGACCAAACCACCGCCCAUUGAAGACGUGAGAAAAUCGACAUUCUCUUUCCCAGCAUCCUACUUGUUGACGAUGUCGGUUCGGGUGGUUGCUCGCAUCCGGCCACUCCUGCAUGCGGAAAUCGAGAAAGAUGCCAUCAUCGAGCCCACGGGCGACUCGGCCGUGGUCAAAAUACCGAACCCCAGGUGUCAAUCCGAGACAUUCUCGUUCCAAUUCAACAGUGUCUACGAUAGAGAGACGACUCAGGCGAAGAUCUUUGAAGAAGAGAUCGCGCCGAAUGUAAAGAGCCUGUUCAAAGGCUACGAUGUCACCCUUUUCGCAUACGGCGUUACGGGCUCGGGUAAAACACACACCAUGCGCGGAGGCAAGAGUCUCAAUGAUCGAGGAGUCAUUCCACGUCUACUGUCCAGCAUAUACCGCCGAGCGAGAAAGAUCGAGAAAGACACAGAGGGCGAGACAGGCGUGGAGGUGGUGAUGAGCUACUACGAAAUCUACAACGACAAAGUCUUCGAUCUCUUCGAGCCGCCCGAAAAGCGCACGCCGGCUGGUCUAUCCAUUCGAGACAACAAUGGCAAAACCGUCGUCGUCGGAUUGACAGAGCGGCCAUGCACGACGUUGAAGGAGUUUGAACAUUUGUACGACGAGGCGAACGUCAAUCGUUCCACAUCCGCCACAAAGCUGAACGCUCACUCUUCCCGCUCGCACGCCAUCCUUUGCGUCAAGAUCAUUCAGACGACUGGAGGCGAGACACGUGUGAGCACCGCCUCUGCUAUCGAUCUCGCGGGCUCCGAAGACAACCGAAGAACAGACAACAAUAAGGAACGGCUGGUCGAGAGUGCAAGCAUCAACAAGUCGUUGUUCGUGCUGGCGCAAUGCGUCGAGGCCAUCAGCAAGAAGCAGGCUCGCAUACCCUAUCGGGAGAGCAAGAUGACUCGCAUCCUUUCACUAGGUCAAAACAACGGCAUCGCAAUCAUGAUCCUAAACCUCGCCCCAGUGCGAAGCUAUCACCUCGACACGCUCAGCAGUCUGAACUUUGCGAAUCGGGCGAAGAAGAUCGAGGUCAAUGAAAUCGAAAACCAGCCUUUCUUUCGCGAGGAGCAGUCGACGAAAGCGAAGCUCGGCGUUUCCCAUGCGCCCUCGGUGGAAUCCAUCUCAAUGUUCCGGCAGCCUCUACGGCCCAAAAUACUAUCGCAGCACGGUCAUUUGCGGGAUGUCGCUGCCAACGUUGUCAAGCCGGCGAGGCAGUUCUCGGUGUACACCGACAAGAGCAAGCCCGCGGGCAAGACGUCGAGUGCUGCCAAUACCAGCGAAGCUCGCUCUUCUGGUUUCAAUUUCCAGCCUACAAAGCGGACCAGCAGCGAGGCUCUCCCAUCUUUCAAUCGACCUUCCAAGUUUCCCCGCCUCAACGACUUGGCCAAGACAUCACAGGCUCUCCCCCAGGGCCUGAGCAAAGACGCCAUCGAAGCCCUCAUCGACCGCAAAGUCUCCGAAGCAUUGGCCGAGCACGCAGACCGUAGCACGGUGUCCAGCGGCGAGCCCAUUUCCGAGGAGAUGCAGAAACGUCUGGAGGCGCUGGAGAAGCGGGUGGAGGGCCAGGAGUCCGAGCGUGCAGAGGGUCUGCAGUACCUGCUUAUGGCGAAGCAGCAUCAGGUCCGCGGCGAAGAGGCCAGCGCUUUGAGGAUGUACCAGCUUGCCUUGCCGCAUUUCCCUGGGAAUGAGAAGCUGGCGCGGAAGGUUUCGAAAUUGCAGGAGAGGGCUGCAGAGAAGAAGCGUGGUGUUGUGUCUGAGACCAUGGUGGCUCCUCAAGCGCCGCCAACGCACGUCGAGCGCGUGACUUCGAAGCGGAAGCUGCCCGUCGACGACGACGAGAGCUAUCACGAAGCGCAGGACGGCUUCCAAUGCGACGAUGACGACGAGUUCAUCUACAGGCCUCGGACAAAGAUCCGUCGGCCCCCUAUCGCCUCCAUACCUAAAGAACACACCACAACCCAGCACAUGAUCGACGCACACGAAUCCGAAGAUGAGCUCGCAUUGGCAACGACGCCUCGCACUCGUCAGCUUCUCGAUAUUGUCAACAGCAAGGACGUCAGUCAGAUCAAGCUGUUGAAGGGCGUGGGGACGAAGCGAGCGGAGGCUAUCGUCAAUUGCCUUUGCGAGCUGGACGAGAAUGCCGCUGUUGUGAGCUCGCUUGGGCAAUUGGGGAAGUUGAAGGGGGUGGGGGUGAAGACGGUGGAGAGCAUGCGGACGGGCAUUGUGGUGUGAUGAUUCGCUUUUCGCAUUGUGGGAUUAGCAAGGUGUUUGGAGAGGGUUCAGAGCUUGUUCAUUUCCGUGAAGUCCUGUGAUUCAUUUUCAUUGCUCUUGUUGACUGCUGGAGUGUCCUUGAUACCACAAUUCCAGCCUCAGGCACACAACCAAUG